AUGUCGACUUCCGCUGAUAUUCCCAAUAAAACCCGCCUUUCGCAUCAGCCGUCAACGAUCCGCGCCGUCCUAUCGCUGCCGCCACAAUGGCUUCACAUGUACGACGAGUUCAUCACCAAGAACGCUAGUCAGGUCUCCCAAAUAGAAUCAGCUCUGAGGUCACUGACCUACAUCAUCCCGGGUCGUUUCCGCGAUGCUGAGAUUGCCUCCGAAACGGUCCAUUCGAGUGUGCAGCUUCUGUCUCUUUACCAUGAUACACUGCUCAUGCGCGCCAUAUCACGCAUUCCCAUGGCACGGUUGCCAUCUCCUCACAGUCGCUAUACCAAAUACUGGACUCAACGCAGUCCAACCUACCGCCGCAUCGCCAUGCUGCUGCAGAUGGUUACAUACACACAACUCCUCUGCGAGAUGGCAGCCAAGAGGCGCGGGGGCGAGCGCGGUAGGUGGCGCGUGAUCGUGCUGCUAGAGGCCAUUAAGGCCAUCUGCCGUCUGCUGCUACUGCGCGUGACGCGCUCACGGCCUCUCGUCUCGCCGGUACUUCCCGAGCGGGAGCCUAUCCCCGAAGAACCGGAAGCCGAUAACGAUGGCGCUAUCAAACAGAUGUUCGACGAGUCUGUCACUGGCCAUCCUCCAGGGGCUGGUGAUGACGCUCCGAAGCCACACGAAAAGGACUGGGUCAUGCCCAGGACCGGAAUGAGCCUUCCUUCGUUGCCCAAUGCCGGCGACAUCAGCGGCUAUCUUCUGGGCAAGGUCCUGACUGCUGAAGAUAUCAAACCCGCAGCCAAGCUGCUAAACCAACUACAUGGCAGUGCACAUGCGGCCGAGGUGCUCCAUAUCCUGGCGCCGCUCAUUUAUGCGUUGGCCCUCUCCAAAAGCAAGAACAAGAAGUCGUGGGCGCCAUGGCUAGUAGGUUUGAGCGUUGAAUACGCCGCACGCCAACUCAGGGACCGGAGCUUCAGGACCAUGCCGCUUGAACGUGAUGAGUGGAAUAAACGAGGCUGGGCCAUGGGAUGGUGGGCCAUGCGUGGAGCCUUCUACGAGAACGUCAUGAAGGGCGUCGUCGGCGGCGUGCGCUCAAGAGUUCCCGGGCUCAUUGGCGGAAUCCUGGAAGACUACGAGUACCUGUGGGAGAAUUACUAUUUCAGUACCAGUGCAUAG